AUCCGCACAUCGCUCUACCAUUCUCGCUGGCUUAUAUAUACACAGACUCCAUCCACGACGACGACACACAUACUCCACCAACGCACACACAUCGACCGCGCCCGCCGCCUGCAGCCGCGCGCGCCGUCGCCGCCACACGACCGGAGAGCACACAUGUCUCGCCAGCAGGCGGCGCCGCCGCUCGCCCUCGCCUCCGCGCUCCUGCUGCUGCUGGCCGCCGCCGCCGCGGUGGCGCCGCUCGGCGCCGCGGCGGACGGCGGCCUCGUCCAGGGCGGCGGCGAGGUCGCGAGGUCGGCCGCGAACACCCUGGCCGUCGGCGCCGACCCCGACCCUGCCUCCGCCGACGGCAUCCCGGCCGACCGGGCGCCGGACGCCCACGGUUAAUUAAUUAAUUAAUCAUCGCUGAUUCGAUCGUCUUUAAUUUGUUGGUUUUACUUUUAUUUCUUUUUUUUCUGUGUGUGUGAUUGCCAGUGUGGUGAAGCUACUACAGGCUAUAUGAUCCAAGAGAUGUAGUACUUAAGCUUGUGAUUGAUCACUACUUCCUCCGUUUUAGGUUUCACGGUGUAAGAUUUUCUAACAUUGCUUAUAUUCAUAUAGAUGUUAAUGAAUCUAAUCAUACAUGUGUAUAGAUUCAUUAACAUCUAUAUAAAUAUGUAUAAUGCUAUAAAGUCUUACAUAGUGAAUCGGAUGAAGUAUUAAUUAUUAUGUAUGUUAUAGUGGGCAUGUGCCAUGAAAUAAACUGAUGGAAGUGCUCUGUAAUUCUUAGUUCGAUGGAUUUUGUUCGUGUUUAUGAUGUUUUGGUCCUUUUGGAUGGUGAAUGUAUAUAUAGUGGAUACAAUCGAAACAAGCA